AUGUUGACCCAGAACAGCGGUGAUCUCCGCAAGGCUCGGUCGAACCAUUGGUUCUUUGCCUAUGAUCCUAUUGCUGUCGCUGCUGGAGGAGCCGGUGGUAAUAGUAUUAUGAUGGCUCCAGGAGUUCCGGAUACAACUGCCCCAUUCAGUUGGAGAUCCUACGGAUACUACUUUGGAUUCCUCGGUGCCGCCGUACUGUGCUUGUACACCCAGAUUGCGUUUGUCCAUCCGGUCUAUCAAUCUUGGCACGAGGCGUCUCUGGAAGCCUUUGGCUUUCAGCACAUUAUGGCCCGCAGUCAACACGAACGCUUGGCUCGCAAGUUCCACGCCAAGGCAACCUUUGACCUCCUGCAAGGAUACAAGGCCCGCAUCCAUGCGGCCCACGGAAUCCACGAGUCUCAACAAGAUGCCCAGAAUGCCACGCAAAUGUACCAAAUGGCCAAGCAGGCGUGGGAAGACGCCAAAGCGGACAAACGGAAUGCGACCGUGUUGGGAAAUCUGGCGGACGACGAACAUCAAUUGUACCUUCAGUAUCUUGCCGAAGCGAGUCAAGCCGAACAACGGGCCCAAGAAUUGGAAGAAGAAGCUCAAACAUUGAACAAUCAGAGUGAAUACUACCACCAUCUAGUGGACAAGUUGAAUGCCAUGCUCGAACAGGAUUCGACGCUGGAGUCAAGCUAUCUGGCGAAUGCCACACUAGAGGGUGAGGAGGCAGAUAACAUUACUCUGGCCGCGCAAGAGAAGAAAGAUAGCAGUUGGAUUUGUCGAUGGUCCGUGACACGCCAUCUACUGUGUGGACCUGUGGGUGGAAUGACGGCACUGGGAGAUGCCGAUGCGUUGCGACAAGAGCAAGCGGAAGAUUAUCGGCGGGCCAUGGCAAUCCAAAAGCAAAUUCUGGUCGAGAAGACCAACGCAAUGAUUGCACUCACCAAGGCAUCCAAGGCGGAAGAAGACGCUCGGUUGGAUCACCUCAAGGCAAUGCAAAGUCAUAAUGAGUCGCUCGCUGACAAAGUCAAAGCGUCCGAAGAGCACGCCCUGGAGCUGGAUGACUUGCAGAAAAAGUUGGAAGAAAUGAAGCUUGUGCAACAACACAUUCAUGAUUUGGAGUACUAUCAAGGCCUGGAAGUAAAGCUAGAAAUCAAAUCGAGAAAGGAAAACGAAUUUGCCCAUGGUCAGUGGAGACUGGGAACUUCGUUAAUCCAACAGUCGGAGAAAGAAGAGGAACGAGCCAAGGUGGAGUACGAUCUUGUCCAAGAGGAAGAAGAAGCACAAAGCCGUCUAGUGAUAACAGUCCGCCAAGCGGGACGCCUACUCCGGUGGACUUCCUUUUUUGCAGCUGUCUAUGCCCUGGUUGCCUUUGGCUUCUUCAUCAAGGCACUCACGACAUCCAACAGUGUAUCGUUGCCACAUCAGCUCCGAACGGUGGCAGUGGCGGUCUCGGUGACUGUGGUGCGUCGCUGGGAUGGUCGUCAUAUGUGGGAAGGUCGCAGCAUAUUGGGAGACUCUCAAGAUCGCAACUGCCUGCGCCAAAUUUCUUGCUGGUGCCAUCAUGGCUUGAUCUUUUUGUUUGUGGUCGGCAUGCAAGGCUGGCAGUUGCACGGCAUCUUUGAUGUCGACUCCCUUGGCUUGCGUGGUGGACUGGUGCUCAAGUUUGCACUCACUGCGGCGCUCAUGGAGACGGUGCUAUUCCAAGCAGUUCCACAUGCUGCCGUGUUGCCCCGAUUGACCAAGGAAUACUUUCGCGAUGUCGCUAUCCGCUUCCUCUCGUCGGCCUGUCGAUUCACUGUGCAGAUGCUACUGUUCUUGAUUUUGUGUGGAGAAGGAUCCACAUGGCUUUUUGGAUGGAUUGCAUUCCUCAACCACACCUUUCCAUUAUGGGGCGUGCUGUUGGUUGGCACCGUUGUGGCACACAUGAUGCACAUCGAAUUCCCACAUGUCUGCGACUUGGACAGGAACAAUGGAGCAUUGAGUGAAGUGACCUUCACCACCUACACCACGUGCGAGGACCUUACGUCGUACAGAGACUCUCGAGUUGGCAGCUAUGCCUCAAACUCCUGGAGUCCUUCCAAACAACUUUCCGAGACGGAAAAAGGCAAGAAAAAAGGCACUUUUGCGAUCCUUUCUCCAGCCAACAUCAGCUCUGCUGAAGACGAAGCGGAAUCUCUCUUGACGGUUUCAAGAGCUGAUGUUCCUGUCUCGUCGGCGCUAUCCUCCAUGUCUUCCUACACCAGCAUACCGAUGAAUGAUUCCGGUACCAGUACUUCCGGCGAAGGCACCGCCCCUGUCUCACUUCCAUCACCAGCGCUUCAAAGGCUUUAUGAAGUUUCCAUACAGGACGAAUUCUUCGCCAUCCUUGCCUACGUGGAACUGAUCCUUCUUGUGGGUAUUAUGCUCGUCGUCUCUGCUGCGAUGCCACAAAUCUUUCAUCGUCUGAAAGCCGGAGCUGCUAGCACAUCUACUAGGAGACAAAAAACGAAUGUUUCAAAGCACCCAAAGUACAUCUCGGAAUGA